AUGUUCAAAGAUUCAUUUGCACUGGUUAAUAUUUUAUAUCCAAAUAAACCAUUGACAAUUUUUAAUGCUAGUAGUAAAGACGUUACAGUCCCAUUAAGACUAACAGAAAUAGAUCGUAAAAAUUUUACGAGCCAAUUGUUUAUGAUAAGAUUUAAUUAUAAAAAUGAUUUCUGGUUGACAAACAUUUAUUAUACUAACUAUCGAUCUAUAAAUGCUUCACCCUAUCUUGUUGGUAAGUCAAACAUGCCGAAUCCAAAUAUGAAACUUGUCUAUCUCGAUACGAUUGAUAACAAUAGGAUUUUUAAAAUUAUGUCUAAUUAUAAAUGUAUGACUGUCGGUGAUGAAAAUACAAAUGGCAAGGUUUUUUAUUAUCCUCUCCAGUUUGAAAAAUGUACUAACACAGCAAGCCAAGAGUUUACAUUUGUGCCUAGAAUAGUAGUCGAAGAUUUUUUACAAAAUACGAAUAUUCAUAACGUUAAUGAAAAAGAAAUUCAAAGAUCGCUUAUAAAAUUAGAUAAUAUUCUAAAAAUUGGUUUAAAAUCUAGAAAAGAACUUGAUGAAAUUUCUAAUUAA